AACGCGUAGUUGAAAUCAAGUAAUCGAAUAAUCGUAAUCGAAGUCUAGUAAAAUGGCUAAAUUUAAAAAAGUUGGCUCUCGAAAAACCGUUGGCAGAAAAGCGAACGCAGCGAAUAUGCUUUUUUUGGAACAAACUGUGAGCAACGUGAAAAAAACUUCAAAAAAACCGACAUCUGAACGUAAAAUAUACGGAAAGGACCAUGCGAUGAAGAAAAUGCCAGUUUCUGAAAAAUGCCAAGCGAAAAAAUCAGCCCUUCGAAAACGAAGACCUAGCAAUGUUUCGAACCAAUAUCCGUCUGAUUUUGGGGAAACAAUAGAGACAAUCACGGCUGUUGAAGCAGAACAACCGCAGAUAAUUGAAAUAUAUAACAACGAGACACCAUUCGAAGAUAACACUGCAGUUGAGUUCACUGCAAAUGCAAAAAUUACAGAACUUCUCAGCAAAGUCGCAAAACUGGAAGAGGCAAACGAUAAACUCCAAAAGCUCAACAUGAAGUUGCAAGAGGCAUUACUGGAAAACCCCACAGAAGGUUCUUUUAAAGAACUGCCUGGAUACCCGGAUAAGGCAUGGCUGUUGAAGGUUUCGCAAGCUGCAAACGAAUCGGACUAUAUGUUUGUGAAGGAAUUAAUGCUUCGUCUGUGGCCAAAUGGUAUUGGCAACGCAACUGUGUCGGGAAGAAAGUCGAACAAUCCUAGCGGUAAGCGAAAGCUGCCAAAUCAGCAGGAAUCCUUGUUAACAGUUUCUCCGGCGAAGCUUGACCCAGAAAAAGUUGAAUACAUUAAAGAUCGGCUUUUCGAACGGAGGAUGUUGCUGAGAGAUGCUCCAGGUACAGCUCAAAAGAUGGCGCAAAAAGUUCCGAAAUACAUCGCCAUAGCAGUCGCGAACAAUCCCGCUCUUAGAAAAGAAUCAUUUUAA